ACUUCCUUCACCAACUUGGCAAGCUUUCUUUUAGAUUUUCUUUUACUGUUGUAAUAUUACAUUAUUAACAAUGGCUUUCUCCAAGACUUUCCUUCUUCUUGGCUUCGCUUUUGCUGUUGUUCUUCUCGUCUCCUCAGAGGUCUCUGCUCGUGAGCUCGCUGAGACCACCCAGGGAACCAACGUGGAACAGUCCAAUUAUGCCGACCAUGGAUACGGACACGGAUACGGACACGGCCACGGUGGAAACGGCCACGGUGGAUACGGACACGGUGGACAUGGACACGGUGGCCAUGGUGGCCAUGGCGGCCAUGGAGGCCAUGGCGGCCAUGGAGGACACCCUGCCGAUGAGACACAGGAGGUUGAAACUGAAGCCGGAGGGAAUUAGAGAAAUUAAUUUUAGUUUCUUCCUAGCUUAAAUAAGAUUAUGUGUGUGUGUCAAUAAGCGUGCGAAUGAGAAUGUUAUAUAUAUUAACGAAGCAAAAGCAUGCAUGGUUGUAUUUUAUCUUGAGUUUGCCUAAGCAAUACUCCCAUCUUAUCAUGUAUCUUAAAAGUUAAUUUUAUGUAAUGAGAAUAUAGUGUUGUCUGUA